AUGUUUGUCUACUUCUUCCUCCGAAGAUAUCGUCAUAUUGUCCUACUAGUCAAAGCAAGCCUGUGGGAGGCUUUCUCGAUCGUCAACUUUGACUCGUUGCGCAGGCACUGCCUCACCAUCAGGACUUGGCGACGCCUACCCUUCAUAUCCUUACACGCGACCGUCUUCAGCAUCAUCGAGUCAAGCUCGUCGAUAUUGCCGGAUCUAACAUUGGAACAGACAUCAGCAGAGAUUCGUCUCCACGGUGAAUACUAUCGUGAUUUUGACAGAAAGUCAGAAUUCUCAACAUGUCUGAGCGAGGCCGCUCCCCUGCCGCCUCCGGGCAUGGCACGCCUGGACAAGGCAGCCCUCACCACUCUCGUGGACCCUCUGUGGCAGGUUCUGCAAGAAGCCGUGGUGCUUCUCCAGCACAAGGCCCUCCGGGACAAGGCUCACCGGCACAAGGCUCGCCGUCCGGCGGUCCGCGCCCUGGCUGGGCUCCCAGCAUGGGAUUUGAUCCCGCGAAGCCCGAGAGCAAGGAUCGAAAGGGCAAUACUCAAAGAUGUGUUUGCUGUUCGCGGCAAAAACCUGACCUCCGAAGGCCGACCUGAGAUUGUUGAAGUCAAUCAACUACGAAUGACCAAAUUUGACUUCAGCAAGAAGAUAUACCAAUACGACGUGGUUCUCUCGCCGGAACCCGACAAACGCGGCCCCGUCUUGAAGAAGAUCUGGGCUCAUGCCAACCUCAAGAAUGCACUCGCCGCGUACAACUACCCCAUGUGGAUCAUGGACGGGUCUCGCUUGGCAUGGUCUCCUGCCUUGGUCGACCGCGGCGAGAUUCAAGUCACGGUCGAUUUGGACGGUGGCAAGCCUCCUGGACGCUCCGGGCGUUCCAACAAGUUCUACGUCAUGCUUCGCAAGACUACGGAGAUUCAGAUGGGCGCUCUCCGGGGCUAUCUGGAGAGGAAGAUGCAAUUCAACAACAGCGUCCAGGAAGCACUCAACUUCAUGGACCACCUCAUUCGCCAGUGGCCGUCUGAGCAUUUGCUGGCUAUCAAGCGCAGUUUUUACAAGAAGAACGAAGCCGGAGUUCCCCUCCUCAGAGAUGGAGUAAUCACCGUUCACAAGGGGACCUACGUUUCUCUUCGACUGUCUAACAAUCUUUCCAAGGGAGGCAUCGGUCUUGCUCUGAACGCAGAUGUUACCAACACCUGCUUUUGGACGGGUCGACAGACCAUGGACCAGUACAUGAUGAGCUUUCUCCGCACACUGGACAAGCGCUAUCAGAGAGAGGAAGUUGCUACUACGAAGAUUUUCAACCCGGUUCGAAAUGCCAAGGGAGAGUGGCAAUCAUCGGAUGCCUUCAAGCAACUUCGCAAGAUGCGCAAACUCAAGUUUACCAUCCGACACAUGAACCGCGACCCUAAGCUUGCAGAGAAGGUCUACACGGUGAUGGACUUUGCAUUCGAUCAGAAAUACGGACCGCAGGGCGGUGCCAACGCUGUGACAGUCAAGUUUGACUACAAUGGCCGUGAGAUCUCGGUGGCUGACUACUACCGAGAGAAGUACAAUGCCACCUUGAAGUACCCCUUCCUCCCUCUGAUCGCGACGGGUAAGAAUGGACACAUCCCGAUGGAGUUCGCCUUUGUUGAGCCGAUGCAAAGAUACGCUUUCAAGCUGAAUCCCGAACAGACGGCAGCAAUGAUCAAGAUUGCUGUGACCCGCCCCAACGUUCGCAAGGGCGACAUUAUGAAGAACAUCGGAGACCUUCGCCUGCAGCAAGAUCCCUAUCUCAAAUUCUACGGCGUGGAACUGCAAACGCAGUUCGCCAAGACAGAGGCCAGGGUCUUGAACGCCCCUCUCGUGAACUUUGCCCAGGGUACAGCUGACCCCAAGUACUCUGGCCGCUGGGAUCUUCGCGGCAAGAAGUUCUUCAAGCCGAACGUCGCCCCUCUGAUCAACUGGGGCUUCAUCGUCAUGGAUGACUGUGUCCAGUUCUCGCAGCUUCAGCAGUUUGCCCGCACGUUCAAGACGACCUUUAUGGGCCACGGAGGCAUUUGCAAGAACGACCCUCUUUUGAUCAACGUGCCGGGCCACGUCAAGAACAAUGUUGCUCAAGCACUCGCCUAUGCACACAACCAGAUCACUCGCGAGCGGGGAUAUACGCAGCUCAUCUUUGUCGUUGUUCAGCACAAGAACAGCCCUCAUUACGAGCGGCUGAAGAAGUCUGCUGACUGCCGCUUCGGCGUCCUGACCCAGGUUGUGAAUGGUGCCUCUGUUGCGUCCAACAACGGCCAAUAUCACUCCAAUGUGUGCAUGAAGGUCAACGCAAAACUCGGCGGAUCGACGUCCCGCACAAAUCCUCCAUGGAAGAUGCAGGGGACCUAUUUCCCCAAGGACCGGCCUACCAUGAUUGUGGGCGUCGACAUUUCUCACGCUGCUCCCGGCGGCCCGUCUCCCUCUGUGGCGGCCAUGACGAUGUCGGUGGACCGAGACGCAACCAAGUAUGCCGCCAUGGUUGAGACGAAUGGCUACCGGGUGGAAAUGCUCAGCCACGCCAACGUCCAUACUCUGUUCGGCCAUCUUUGCAAGGUUUGGAUGAACGGGCACGACCGCCAGUUCCCCAAGCACGUCAUUUACUUCCGGGAUGGAGUCGCAGAGGGACAGUUUGCUCAUGUCAUUGAGCAGGAAAUCAAGGAGAUAAAAGGUUACUUCAAGCAGGCGGCUCCCAGCCAACAGCUGCCCAAGUUUACGGUCAUUGUGGCGACGAAGCGUCACCACAUCCGCUUCUUCCCUGAGAAGGGGGACCGAAACGGAAACGCCUUGCCCGGAACUUUGGUGGAAAAGGAGGUUACUCACCCAUUCAUGUACGACUUCUACCUCUGCUCGCACGUGGCGAUCCAGGGAACGGCUCGGCCUGUCCACUACCACGUGCUCAUCGACGAGAUGAACAUCCCGGUAAACGAGUUGCAGAAGAUGAUUUAUCAUCAGUGCUACUCUUACGCCCGAUCGACGACGCCGGUGUCGCUUCAUCCGGCCGUCUACUACGCACAUCUCGCCGGCAGCCGUGCCCGCGCUCACGAAAACAUUGCGACGAGCGAGGGAUUCCGCGCCGGCGCCAAGGGUCACGAGAUGAUCCGCGACAAGGUGGCCAAGGGAGAGUCGAUGAGCGUCCCUCAACGGGGCAGCGAUGCCCCAUCUCUUCUCCAGCUUGGCGGAAAACCGGAGAAUAAUACUCCCAUUGACGGAGAGAUGAGACAGAGAGAAUUCUUCAGAGGCACCAUGUGGUACAUCUAA